AUGGACCGGGAGACGCGCGUGUUCGCCGAGAGCCAUUUCCGAGGCCUCCGGGGGCGCCUCCCCAGCAAGGUCUCUCCGACGCCGGACCGUGUGGACUUUAUCGAGAAGCCCGACUCCUUCUCCUACACGGACUUCUUCAAGAGUUACCUGCUGCCCAACGUGCCCUGUGUUUUCUCCAGCGCCUUCACUGAGCACUGGGGCUGCAGGAAGCGCUGGGUGAUGCCCAGCGGGAAGCCCGACUUCGACCACCUGCUGCAGAGUUAUGGAGAUGUAGUUGUGCCUGUUGCAAACUGCGGGGUCCAGGAAUACAACUCGAACCCUAAAGAACACAUGCCCCUCAAAGAUUACAUCAGCUACUGGAAAGAGUUCAUCCGGGGAGACUACUCCUCUCCACGGGGCUGUCUCUACCUCAAAGACUGGCACCUGUGCAGGUACUCCUCUGCCGAGGACUUAUUCACCCUGCCCGUGUACUUCUCGUCCGACUGGCUCAACGAGUACUGGGACACCCUGGAUGUGGACGACUACCGUUUCAUCUACAUGGGACCCGCUGGCACCUGGUCACCGUUCCAUGCCGACAUUCUCCGCUCCUACAGCUGGUCUGUCAACAUCUGCGGGAGGAAAAAGUGGCUCUUCUUCCCACCAGGGCAAGAAGAAGCCCUGCGGGAUAGCCACGGUGGCCUGCCCUACGAUGUGACCGCCCCUGAAUUCCUGGAGAGCCACCUGCAUCCGGUGCUGGAGGUCACGCAGGAGGCAGGCGAGAUGGUGUUUGUGCCCAGUGGGUGGCACCACCAAGUCCACAAUCUGGAGGACACUAUCUCCAUCAACCACAACUGGAUCAAUGGCUGUAACCUGGCCAACACGUGGCGUUUCCUGCAGCAGGAGCUGUGUGCCGUGCAGCAGGAGGUCAGCGAGUGGAGGGACACCAUGCCAGACUGGCACCACCACUGCCAGGUCAUCAUGAAGUCCUGCACCGGAAUUAAUUUUGAAGAAUUUUACCACUUCCUCAAGGUCAUUGCUGAAAGGAGGCUCCCCUUAGUGAAGAAGAUAGGCCCUGGUGAAGUGCGAUGCAGUGAGGGCUCUGGCCUGGGCCCCCAGCAUGCCAUUUUUGACAUCAGCCGGAUUGCUGAGGUGCUGGCGUCUGUGGUGGUCAACCCCGACUUCCAGAGAGUGGACACGAGCAAGUUUUCGCCGCAGCCUGAGGACCUCCUACAGCAGCUGCAGGAGGCCCUGGCCACCACAGACCCCCUUUAG